AUGGAUAAUGUGACAAAUAAUGUCUCCUACAUAGUGAUGCUACAAGGCUUCAACGUGCCACAAGAGAGAGCCUUCCUGGCGUUUCUGUUGGCCGUGUUGGGCUACAUGGUGAUAGUCUUCUGCAACCUGCUCCUGUUCCUCACCGUCAUCCUCAACAGGGCUCUGCACCAGCCAAUGUACAUUCUCCUGAUAAACAUGCCCAUCAAUGACCUCAUCGGCUCCUCGGCACUGUUUUCCCAUCUGUUCAGAGAGUUUUUGACCAACUCCAAGGCCAUAGAGUUCCCUGCCUGUGUCAUUCAAGCCUUUUUCAUCCACAUCUACGCCACGGGAGUAGUGUUCACCUUAGCUGCAAUGGCCUAUGAUCGAUACAUCGCCAUAUGCAAACCCCUGCAGUACGCCUCCAUCAUGACAAAUGCUCAUCUGAUGAGGCUCAUUGCACUAGUUUGGGGUACAAAUCUGUUUAUUAUUGCCGUGCUUUUCAUUCUCCUCCUGAGGUUACCUCGUUGUAGGAAUAAUGUCACCCACACAUACUGUGACAACCCGUCACUGCUGAGGACGAUGUGUGGUGACACCACGAUUAAUAACAUCUACGGUAUUCUGACAGUGACUUGCACACAGCCAAUUACGGUGGGCAUCAUUCUGUACACUUACCUGCAAAUCCUGAUCACUUGCUUUCGCAGCAAGAGCACGGACACCAGAGCCAAAGCCAUGCAAACGUGUGCUACUCACUUAGUUGUUUUCUUGCUGUUUGAGUGCCUUGGUCUAUUCACUAUUGUCUCGUACAGGAUACCGAAACUUUCUCCUCUUCUGACAAACUUUAUCGGUGUUUCCGCCUUAAUAUUCCCUCCCACCCUGAAUCCCAUUAUUUAUGGAGUCAACACAAAAGAAAUUAGAAGAAGGGCCAUCAUGCUUUUUAAGAAACAUAUUUUUCCAAUGUGA